AGUUUACUGUUCCCAAUAACAAAUACACAGUGCAAAAGUUCACCAGAAUCAUUAUUGAUUAUUCUACAAUGAGUGAAGAAGCAAUUCCGGAUCGUACAUUAAAGUUUCUUCCACUUCGCUCAUUUAUUCAUAACGACUUUUGGCAUAAAUAUGCUGAAAUUAAAAUUGACAUUGAUCGUCUAGAUGACUCCGGACGGCCAAUUGUUGGUACCGUAGCAUUGAAAAGUGGAGCUUCUAUCGUGCUGGAGGUCGCGUGCACUUCUUUCAAUGCCACGUACCAAGAUGACUCCCUGCAAGGGUUUCGCUGCAAAGGAAUUCUGUUGAAUCAUAAUACAAUGGAUUCAUUUAAAAUGUGUGAUAAGAACCUGCUUCUUAGAAAACAAGCAUUGCAGUUUUAUCAUGAUUUGAUGCUACAAGAUUCUAUCCAGUGCAGCGCGGAUUUGGUGCACUUUCUAUUGCUUUCGUUCGCGGAUUUAAAAACAUACAAAUUCUUUCAUUGGUUUGCAUUUCCUGUUCCUACGGAAUUGGCUUACAAAUACGACGCCGGACAACCUAUUCCGCCAAGCAUAGAUGAAAAACUUAGAGUUAGCAUUGCUCAAUUCCUGUACCAAAAGCCAAUGCCAAACGAUCCAUUCUUCAUGUAUCAUACAGUAAAUGGCAUUAAACUGUUAUCAGAGUACAUUCAGCACCGCAAUAUCGAUGCCAACUUUCGGGGAGAGGAUAUGGAAAACAUAUAUUUCUGUUAUUAUGAUCCAUCGGGUUGUGCGAAUGCUGCGCCUGUUGGUUGGCAUUUACGGCAAAUGCUUACAUACAUUGUGCUAACAAGUCCUGCCCUUGCCGAACGUGGAAUAAAGUGCAUUCGUGUGACCGGAUCUACAGCAGCGGAACUUCAGUUAUCCUUAAUGAUAAUACACCUACCAAAACACGUAACAGUUAGCAAUCUUACACUUUGGGCAGGUUGGGAAUCGGAUAGAAAUGGUAAAUAUUUACCCCGUUUAUCAUCUUUACACGAUAGCAUGUCGCCUGAAAGCCUCGCUGAAAAUGCAAUUGAUUUGAAUCUGAAACUGAUGAAAUGGCGCCUCGUACCAACAUUAAAUCUUGAAGCAAUUAAGCGAACUAAAUGCCUUCUGCUAGGUGCCGGCACCCUGGGAUGUAAUGUUGCUAGAUCAUUAAUGGCAUGGGGUGUCUCCAACAUAACAAUAGUGGAUUGUGGAAAAGUUUCCCUAUCGAAUCCAAUUCGUCAAUCUUUAUAUCGUUUCGAGGAUGCUAUAAAUGGAGGAAAACCGAAGGCUACAACUGCUGCUGAACGACUACAAGAAAUCAAUCCGGCUGCGAGAAUAGUUGGAGUGAACCUAAAAAUUCCAAUGCCCGGUCAUCCAAUUGGUCAAAGGGACGAAGAACAAGAUACAAGAGACAUAUUACAAAAGCUUGUACAUCUUAUUACGGAACAUGAUGUAAUUUACUUACUGACAGAUUCACGCGAGAGUCGUUGGCUUCCAACAAUGCUUGGUGCAUUUUAUAAUAAGCAAGUUAUUAACGCCGCCCUAGGGUUCGACUCUUAUCUUGUCAUGCGUCAUGGCACAAAGAAUGAUAACAAUAUUGAUACGAAAGUUGAUAUUGGUUCAUUAUGUCCGGAUGGCUUCCGUAAGAUCGAUUGCUGUGAUUUGGGAUGUUAUUUUUGCAAUGACAUUGUAGCUCCUGGAAAUUCAAUGAAAGAUCGUACAUUGGACCAACAGUGCACUGUGACACGACCAGCUGUAUCAAAUAUGGCGUCUGCAUUGGCUGUAGAAUUGAUGGUGUCACUUGUACAGCAUGGAAAUGCAGCUGCAUACUAUCGAAUUCGUAAAUCGGAUACUUUGAGCCAGCAACAAGAGCCUGACGGAUUGCUUGGAAUAAUACCCCAUUCAAUACGUGGUAACAUUGCUACUCUUCAAACGCUGGUAACAGCUACAGAACGUUACACAAACUGCGUUGCCUGUUCGCCGUCAGUUCUCGAACGCUACGCCUGUAGCCAAGAUGAUUUCAUAAUUAAUGUUAUAAACGGGUCAGAAUCUCUUGAAUCAGUGGCUGGUCUUAGCCAAAUGAUGUCCAGCAUGUAUGACGGCAACGAUGCAAAGGAUACAAUUGACUUCGAAAGUGAUUUGUCCGAUGAUUAGUAAUUGUUUUAGAAGUAUUCAAUAAACUUCAACAUAUUUUUUACUUUAACGUAAAA